GCCUUCUGUUCGCAAAGAUGCGCGGUACUUCUGACCUGUAAAAUGCACGGCGGCUGACGUAGGGCCAGGCGCCGGGACAAAGCGCCAAGCCUGCAGCUGACUUCCUGCCCGAUUGGUCAAUGUGCAUGAGCCAUCAGUGGUUACGUAAUCCACCCAACGGCGCGUUAGCCGCGAACAAUUUUCCGGGCCCGGGAAUUCGUCGGGACAACCUAGGGCACCUCCGGCUGCAAUCAACUUCAACCUUGCGGGUAGACGCCGGCCGGAGUCGGAUAGAGGAGCCAAAAUGAUCCAACUAAAGACGAUGCUUAAUUGCAUCGACAACUCUGGCGCCGCCAUCGUCGAGUGCGCCAUGGUUGUCGGCCAGAAGCGACAUGCCUCGAUCGGCGACAGGAUAGUGGUGGUGGUACAAAAGCAGAGAGGUGCUCUCGCAGAAGGCAUGGCCGCUUCCUCCGGUGCCAAGGUCAAGCGCGGCGACAUCCGGCACGCGGUCGUUGUACGGACGAAGCAGAAGGUUCAGCGGCGGGAUGGUAGCGUGGUCCGGUUCGAUGACAACGCCUGCGUCCUCAUCAACAAGGCCGGGGACCCGAUCGGCUCGCGAAUCAACGGCGUUGUGGGACAGGAGCUGCGGAAGAAGAAGUGGAGUAAGAUUUUAAGUAUGGCGCCCAUGCAAGCAUAAGGUGUUGGGGAAAUCGGAGGAAAGGCGGUAUGGGUGCCGUCCACACCCAAGGGGCCGCUUGAUGCUCUGGGGAUGAUGCGUGUCCUCACGCCUCAACUGGGCUCGUCUGUUGGAUCCGACGGAGCACGGAACACGGAGCAAAGACGGGUAUGGACGCGAGUGAGUCGCCAAAGGCGUUCCAUGCUACACAUGUCCAAGUAGGUAGCACCGACACGACUUAUGCUCAGCUUCAUGUAUACUACACUGGCAACCUGUACAAAUGCAAUAUUGGGGGAAAAAAAAAU